UCUGUUUGCGUCUCAGGAAAAGAUGUCUGUAAUUAAAAGGUUUAUAUGAUGCUAAUUUCUCUUGAAAACAAAAGCCAGCAUUAGGAAAACAUUCAGAGUUUCGAACACGACUCAACAGAGGAAUCGGCACGUGACGCCACCAAGCGCCCACUGCGGGAAGGACAGUUUUAUGUAUCCUGGGAAAGUUAUUAACAAAUAUAUAUGUCACCAUAUGGCUUUUACAUACAUAUAAAAUAAAAUAAAUCCGUGUAAAAAUAUCGCUUAAACCCGAGGGGGAAAUAAACGUCGUACUAUUCAGUUGCAGCCGCCGCAGACCAAACUCUCAUUGGGCCUCCAGUUGUUCAUCUGAUCGCUCCUCCGCCAUUUUAUAGCAGUAUACUGCAGGAAACACACGCUAAACCCGCGACUGAACCCUCACGCCGCACACACACAUGAUCCGGACCGCUGGUCCCGCGGCUUUAGCGCCGGUGUGAGGAGAGAUUUGUCUAGAUUUGGACCGAUCCCGCGCUCGCUCAGAGAUGGAGGCCAUCUAUGGAGAGAUGGAGGUGGAGAGCUGCUACACGCUUCUGGAACUUCCUUCACCCAAGAAGAAACGCAAGAGCAAAGGCAGCAUGGAGAGCUCAGACAAACCCAAGAAGCCCAGGUCAGCGUAUCUGCUGUAUUACUUUGACGUGCAUCAGAGCGUCCAGCAGGAGCAUCCGGACCUGCCGCAGUCUGAGAUCAACAAAUGCAUCAGCGACAGCUGGAAGAGGCUGAACGUGGCGGAUCGAGGUUAUUACCUGGAGAGAGCGCGCAUGGAGAAAGACGGCAUCGACCCGAGCAGCCAAUCAGCAGCUGCGUCCUCUCAGGACGUACCAGGUUUCCGCAAGAUCCUCCCGAGGGCCAAUUACGUGCUUCUGCCCAAGAGUUCAGCGGGAGGCGAACAGGUGGAGGGAGACGGCGAGACGGACGCGCUGGUGGAUGGGGCCGUGGAUGGAGCCCCUCAGGCCCCGGCGCAGGAGACGCUGGUGUCCCCCAUGACUCUGGGCAGUGAGGUGGAGCUGUCGGAGCAGUGCAUCGCCAUCGAGGCGCUCAGUGAGGACGCACCGUCCCAGAAUCACACUGAAAGACUACCAGCUCUGCUUGUGAAGAGGGAGGAGUCUCGAGUGUCGUAUGGUGACGUUGGCAUGGCGAUAGAGAGUGGAAUGGAGGGCGGGGCUUUGAUGCCGCAGAUCAAAGCAGAUGCCACUCAUCUAGUUGCUAUAAUACCCAAUCAGGGUGUCAUGGAAAAUAAAGUGAUUAACACAGCCAGCCCAAUAAUGAUGUUUCCAUUAGUGAGCAGUGUGAAACCAGAACCCAAACUCUCCUUUAAACUGCCCAUCAAAUACACACGGCGAGGACGGGGCAACUGCACCACACCCGGGUGUGUGUUUUCAUACGUCACCCGUCACAAACCGCCCCAGUGCCCUGACUGCGGACAACACCUCGGGGGGAAAUGGGUUGCCCCUGCUAAGAGAAGCUCGGUCAAAACUUCUGACCCGUCUUCAGGAAAACAGUGUGACGAUUCCAAGCCUCAUCCGUCAGACCCUAAUGAGACCUUAUCAAAAGACACAGAACGCACAGUAGAGCAGACAAGCGCUUCUGUUAUUACUCAGAAAACCUCUUCAGAUAAAGCUCUGGACGGCGGGACUGCGGCUGCUCGCAGGGCGGCCCGUAGAAAGAGAGAGCGGGUGAAUGCAGCGUCAGCCCAACAAACACCUGAUCGAGUCGCUGUCAAAACAUCUGAUGGAGCGCAGAGCGCCGAAUGCACCGCUGUGCUAUCAUUGGGUGCUGGUCAAAUUCAGGUUGUCACGAGAGAAAAAGCAAGCGGUGCUUUACAGAAACGCCGGAUACGAGCUAUUCUUCCAGCUCCGGCACAGAAUAAUACAGCCGCUCAGUCUGCAGUUGUGCAGUGGAUCACGGUUCCUCCUGAUAAAGUCAAAUCAGACGCUACUGUCAUCAAAGCUGUAAAACCAUCAGCCAAUGAACACAUCGCAGGACUGAAACCCAGCACCCUCAAACAGCUGGGUCACAUGAUCACACCCAGUGCCUUACAACAGAAGCCCAUCACGGUCAGCAGUAACCAGUACAUCAUCACAGACAACGGCGUCAAGAUCCUCUCCAUGCUGCCCUUCAAGAAAACAGCUGGAUCCUCCCUAGCUCUGGGUUUGUCUACAGCGAGAGGUCGCGGUCGAUGUAAGAAUCCUGCGUGUGAUUACGUCUAUAAGAACAGACACAAACCUCAACACUGUCCGACCUGCGGCUGUGAACUCGCCAACAAACCCACCAAGAAGAACAAACUCACACCGUCUGCUGAGGAUGUGUGUGCUUCUGCGCUUCUGUCGGAUGCGUCUCAGCCUCUGAGCAGCGCUCAGAAAGAUCAGCAGCGUCACUCCACCGUCAGUCUGCUGCGCUCCUGUCUACAGUUCCCUGAGAGUGAGAGCGAGCUGCAGGAUGUCUUCAGCCUCAUUCAGCAGCUCAACGGCCAGCAGAAGCUCACCGAGGAGGGCAGCGGAUGGCCGAGCUUCUUCGAGCCGGCGGCCACACACUGCAGUCUGUGUCAAGACCCACUGCUCAAAGGAGACCAGAGUUCGCUUGCGGGGUUGGAGGAAUGCUGGUUGUUGACGGAGUGCUCGAUUCGUCCUGUAACUCUACAGCUGAAAGUCUGUACAAAUCUCCAGUGUCUGGCCAUACACAGUUUCACAGACCUGCACCCGGGUCUGUUUAACGUGGGUAACAAGCUGCUGGUGACGCUGGAUUUGUUCUUUAAGAUGAGACAUCAGAUCAGACUGGGCGAUGAACCCGCACACGCCGCUCUCAGUAUAAUCAAACACUCACUGACGCUCACAGACGGCGCGCUGAGCUCGGAUCAGGUGUCGUGUGUUCAGGACCUGUUCUGCAGCGGUUACUGGGCGUUUGAGUGUCUGACGGUUCGAGACUAUAACGACAUGAUCUGUGGCGUGUGCGGCAUCGCUCCCAAACUGGAGAUCGCACAACGCAACUCCAGCAAUGUGCUACUGCUCAAAAACGUGGAGUUCACAUGGCCUGAUUUCCAGGCGACGGAUGAGGUUCACGUUGAUGAGUUUUGGCUGACGAUGGAGAACGAGGCGCUGGAACAGGCAGCGUUUCCCUCCAGCUUUCCCAUCACGCGCUUCGACGCCUCUAUCAUCGCCCCAUUCAUCCCUCCUCUCAUGAGAAACACCAGCGUCAUCAACACAGAGAAAGACAAAGACACGUCUGACACGCAGCUCAGAGGAAACCCAUCUGUCCGGGUGCAUCUGAUCCAUGAGGGUCGUCUGAUUCCAAAUCAGAAGGAUCUGCUCAGUGAAGAGGAGCUCAGAGACGUGCUGGAAAAGUGUGGGAUUCCUGCUGCUACACACACUGAUAAAGACGAGCUGCUGGCGUCUGUGUCUUUGUUGUAUUCACACUCACAGAACGGCCUGUGGACGGCACAGCAGCCCGACGCGCUCCUGACGGCAGGCAGAGUCAGUAAAGUGUGUCCUCAUCAGGUCGUGUGCGGAUCCAAGUACAUCGUCCGCAGAGAAAGCGCUCGAGAUCAUCUGGACCUGCUGGUUUCGUCCAGGUUUUGGCCGCCGGUGUAUGUGGCGGAUUGUGCCCAGAAGGUGGCGCUCUGCACUGAUGUAUUAUAUCCUGAACUGGCCUCACAGAUGUGGGGGAAAAAUCAGCGAUGUUUCUCCGACACCACCACACCACAACAGUACGUCUCCUGCUCGGAGCUUCAGGACCAGCCGUACAGUUUGGAUCUGACAGUGACUGAGUCCAACCCUCAUCUGCACCCGCUCACCAAAUCCGCCUCUCGCUGGAUAGUGCGACCCGACGGACCGAACGCCCUCCACGACGCCCACCACGCCAUCACGCUCUGCAAAGAGCUGGAGCCGUACACUGCCGCCGUCGCAGAGAUCUGUGACGAACCCGAGGGUGAAACCAGCAUCAACGACAGCAGCGCAGCGGCAGUCCGGCGGAAAGCUCUCGUGUUCGAUAACGCAGCGUAUUACUACCUCUAUAACCGCCUGCUGGACUUCCUGAGCAGCAGAGACAUCGUGAACCAUCAGAUCACGGAGGCGCUGAGUGCCUGUCAGCCGGGAGAGGUGGUGAUGAUCAGAGACGCCCUCUACAGGCUGGGAGUCGCACAGAUCAACUCGGACCCGCAGGAAACAGCUGACGGAGGACUGGACAAACACUCAGAUGGAGUCGUGUUCGAGGAGGUGAUGCUCAUCUGACUCAGGUUUACUCAACAUUUUUAAAAUAAAAAAGACAAAAUGUGCUUGGAAAGACCAGUUUUUUAUUUUAUAUUUUUGUUUAUAUACAUAUAUAUGCAUUUCAAAUACAUAAAUCUUACAUUUUGUCCUAAAAAUCAGUGUAUUGUGCUUUUUGGAGCUUUAAAUCCUGCUUAAACACCAUUCACUUACAUUUUAUGGAGUGUCUACUUUUGUGUACAAUUUAAAGGUUUGGAAUGAUAUGAGAGUGAGUAAAUGAUGCCUGCAGAUUCAUGUUCCUUGAAAUAUAACUGGCCUUGUGUGUCUCUGAUGUUGUAUCUGACAUAUUUAUGAUUGUAAAUAAGAAGCAUUUUAUUGCCCACAGAAAAGUGAAACCCACUACAAGUGGGAAACUGACAGUAUUUAUUUGAAUUUCACAUUUUGAUGGCUUUUUCAUGCAUAGAAAAUCUUUUUGACAUGAAGUAUUUAUUCUGAGAUCUGGUUCAGAACAGAUAAUGUGCUCAAACUCAAAUAUGAGUUUGUGUUUGACAUGGAUUGACCUCUCAAACGCUCCCAAUAAACUGUAUUUUCACUGAUAAAAACAA